AUGCCUAACUCGCUAGGCAUUGUUCUAUUAGCGUUGACCGAGACAUUUAACUCGUUGAAGCCUCAACCUUGUGUGAAGGAACCAGAGCUAUGCCAACCCACCUCCAAGCCACAGCAUGCAAUCUUGUACACAGCUAUAGCCCUAGCAACAAUUGGGGUGGGAGGUACAAGAUACACCAUGGCAACAAUGGGAGCAAAUCAGUUUGAAAACCCUAAGAACCAAGCCACUUACUUCAACUGGUUCUUCUUCACCCUCUACGCAGCUACAGUGGUCAGCAUCACAGCCAUCGUCUAUGUUGAGGGCAAUGUGAGUUGGAGAUUAGGGUUUGGCCUGUGCACCAUUGCCAACCUAAUUGGACUGGAAAAGGAAUCUCCAGCACUCGUCUGGCGGAAGCAAGGAUUAUUACUAUGGGCAUGGUGGAGUGACAGAUGA